UGAUGAAAGAUCAGAACGGUGGUAAUUUAACACAGUGCUGCAACAGUUUACGUGUAGUAGCUUGAUUAUAAUUUUAUUUGCGUCGCCGCUGCUUCAAGACUUCAGGAAGUUUUGGUUACUAGACCAACAUCCAACAAAGGCGAGGAAAUAACUCCUUAAAUCAGAGAUGGAAUAAAGUGAUUCAACUGGUGCUGUGAAGUUUUUAGCUACUGAAGAAUUUAACUCACCAGUCAGUGCUCUUGUUGCAUCACAGUGUUUUAGAAGCAAAUAAUUUUCAAGAUGGUGAAUGAACUUAGUGAACAAGCUUUUUCCAUUCCAGCGCUUGGGAGGCUUUUUCACCUAGGUAUGCUGUAUGAUUGUAGAUCUGAAAAAAUUAUACCGGGUAUCACAUUGUGGGACCAAAGGACUUUGGAUGGAAAAAUGGUACACAAAUGUGAAUCAGCUGAUUAUGAAAUCAUCGCUUCUGAUACCAUUGAUGACAAGUCCUCUGCACUAGAAGUCAAUGUUGGAUUAAAACUUAGCUUUCUUGGAGGUCUAUUGCAAGUUUCUGGAUCCGGAAAAUACCUCGACAAUAGAAAAUCCUCAAAUCAUGUGGAAAGAGUAACAUUGAAAUAUAAAUGCACCACUAAAAGUGAAGUGAUGACAAUGGAACAGUUAGGGAAAGGAAAGAUUGAGCACCCUGAAGUUUUUGAUCAUGGUACUGCCACACAUGUUGUAACAGGAAUUACAUAUGGAGGCAAUGCUUUCUUUGUCUUUGACAGGGAAUUGUCUACAAAUUCGUCUGACCGGGGAGUUAGUGGAAAUCUUCAUGCCGUGAUCAAGUCAAUUCCAUUGAUACAGAUUGAUGGAAAAGGGGAGUUAGAUCUCAGCGAAAAUGAAAAGAAGGAAGCCAAUAAUUUCAGCUGCAGGUACUUUGGAGAUUUCUUACCUCGAGAAAAUCCAUCAUCAUUUCAAGAAUCUGUUCGUUUCUACAAACAAUUGCCAACUAUCAUUGGAGAAAAUGGAGAAAAUGCUGUUCCAAUAAAUGUACAUUUAUAUCCUCUAAUCAAAUUGGAUAGCAAGGCAUGUAAGCUUGUCAGAGAAAUCAGUGCAAACCUUGUCAAGGAAACAGAAAAUUAUUUGGAGGAUCUUUAUGAAUUUGAUGUGAAAUGCAAUGAUCUUCUCAAGUCACAAGCACUUAAUCAUUUUCGUGGCAUUCGAGUAGAAAUUCAAAAAUUUAAAUCAUUGUUGGCUAUUUAUAAACUUGGAUUCCAGAAAGAGGUAGCGCAAGUUCUUCCAGGUAUCAGAGGUGGAAGCAAGGAGGAAGGUGAGCUAGCGCUUAUCUUAAAGAAAAGAGAAGCCUCUCCAUUUAGUAAUGAAGCUCUCAGCAGUUGGAUGGAAGCAAAAGAAAGUCAGGUAAAAAUUCUUAUGGAGUACACAUCCUCUCUUAGCCAGAUUAGGUUUGCUUCACAACCUGGGGAUUUACAGUCCAUGGUUCUGAGUCCUAAACAUUCACAGGUUCUGUGUUUUUCAAUUUUGAUGCCCAAGUCAAACUCGCAUUUGACCAAUAUGUCAAAAUACCUCGAUGAGGAGCAUCCUGCUAGUAACAAAGAUUCCCUUGGUGAAAAGGCUAAAAUCCCCCUAACAAUAGUAGAAAAUGAAAGUACUAUGAUGCAAAAAGCAAGACAUUUUAGAGAUUUCUUUAAUGUGAAUAAAGAUAAUGCUGAUGUUGGUUACAUUGUUGCAGAGGAAUCUAAUGAUAAAAAUGAGUUCCAGGCUAAGAUAAGGUAUUAUGAUAAUGGUAGUCUCUCCCAAGAAGACUUUGAUAUUCCUUCAAGUCCAAACAAUGUAAGUGCAGACACAACCCAUGACAGUAUUAUGGUGCAGUGGGAAAAACCACAUCAUGGAGCAUUAAACAUUAAUCAGUACAAUGUUUUCUGUGAAUACACUGCUGAAAGUAACGCACCAGUGAUGCAAUGUGCAGACUCUAAUGCCACGAGUUAUCGUAUUGUGGGUCUCAAACCUGGCUGUGAGUAUUGUGUUAGUGUCCAAAGUGUUUGCAAACUUGGAGUUAGCCUUAAAAGUAACGUUAGUGGGACUGUUAAAACAAGACCAACUAGUCCACCCGGGAAACCUGAGGCCUGGAAGAUAUCUCCUUCAAAAAUAGGGAUUAAAUGGUCAAACCCACUUCACAUUGGUUCUCAAUGUACAGGAAUCAAGUAUGUAGUCAAGCAACAAGAAGAAGAAUCUGACUGGCAAGAUGUAAGUUCUCUUCCCUUUGGAAAUCUUUCAGUGAAGAUGGAUGCAAAUCCCAAUAUCACCUACAGAUUCAAAGUUUAUUGUACAUGUGAACACUGUGGCAAGAGUCUUGAUAGUGAAGCAAGUAAUGAUUUGAUGAUCAAAAUCAAGCCAGAGGAGGUCUUGAAAGCUGAAUUAUGUAGACAGUCAAAGACGAUACAGGAUGAAAAUAUCACAAUAUAUCAACCAAAUCUAAAACUGGUUUUAAGUAAUGAAAUGCAUAAAUUUCAAAAAUAUGAAUUUGGACAAGAAAAAGAUGCAAUGCCAGAGAAAGUUAUUAUGCUUGUUGGUUCCACUGGAUCAGGUAAAACUACUUUAAUCAAUGGAUUGAUUAACUAUAUAUUUGCUGUUGACUGGAAUGAUAACUUCCGUUUCAAACUGAUUACAGAGCCAGAAAGCCAAAACCAAGCAAAAAGUCAGACAGUCCAUAUAUCAUCCUACACAAUACACCAUCAAGAAGGUUUCAAAGUACCUUAUACUCUGACAAUCAUUGAUACUCCAGGCUUUGGUGAUGUUCAAGGCAUAGACAGAGAUAAGGAAAUUACACAACAAAUACGCACAUUUUUCACGACAGGAGGUAUAAGAGGGAUUGACAAACUUGAUGCAGUUGGUUUCGUUGUUCAGUCUUGUCUUCCAAGACUUACUCCAACACAAAUCUACAUUUUUGAUCAAAUAUUGUCUCUGUUUGGCAAGGAUAUUGCAGACAACAUAUUUUUACUACUUACCUUUGCUGAUGGUAAAAGACCCCAAGUACUAAGUGGCAUUGAAGAAGCAAAAAUGCCAUACAGAAAAUUCUUCAAGUUCAAUAAUUCUGCUCUGUAUGCACGUAACAAAGAACUAGAGAGUCAAGAACAAGAUAGUGGUGAUGAUGAAGACAACGCUUUUGAUACCAUGUACUGGAAUAUGGGAGAAAAGAGUUUCAGGAUAUUUUUUAAAGAUAUAAGCAUGACAGAAAGUAAGAGUCUCACUCUAACUAAAGAGGUUCUGAAUGAACGUCAUCAGCUAGAAGUUUCAAUUGCUGGUAUCAGGGUAGACAUUCAGAUUGGACUGAAUAAAUUAGAGCAACUGAGGAAGGAAGUGGAUGUUCUCACAACGCAUCAGGCUGAUAUAGAUAAGAACAAGAACUUUGUAUAUACAGUUACUGAAGAAACCUUUCUGAAAGAGUCAAUUCCACCAGGGCAGUAUGUAACAAACUGUCUAAACUGCAACCGCACUUGUCACGAAGUCUGCGAAAUACCGGAGGACGAUAGGAAACAGUAUUGUUCAGCUAUGUCAAAUGGAUACUGCCGUAUUUGCCCUGCCAAUUGUUUUUGGGACCUUCAUAAAAAUAUCCCUUACAAAUUCGUUUGUAAGCAGGUUCAAGUACAAAAAACUGCCGAGGAUCUGAGGAGGCGGUAUCAAGAAGCAGAAAAAAAGAAACUGUCUGCUGUAAAUCUUGUAAAAAAGGUAAAUGAGGAAUUUGAGGCAGUUCAACUAAAAGUCUUGGGAAUGACCGAAACUGUGAGAAAAAGUCUGCUGAGGCUGAAGGAAAUUGCACUGAAACCAAAUCCUCUCUCCACUGUGGAGUACAUAGAUAUUCUGAUUGAAUCGGAGAAAUCUCAAGCACGACCGGGAUGGCAGGCUCGGGCCAAACAGCUUCAGAAUGUCAGGAAACAGGCGGAGUACAUAAAGGAAAUUGCAGAUCAGGGAUUUGACCCUUUCAUAGCCAUCAAGAAAAAGAUAGAAGAAGAAAAGAAGGAAAAUAGGAAGGGAGUUUGGUCUCAAGUCUAGCGGUAUCUUGUGCUUGAUUUUAAGUAGAAUAACGAUUUGCCUCUGAAACCUUCGAUGUCCCAGGUUUUCACCAGUUAGAUGAGAUUAAAAAAAAAAGUCCUCUCCAAAGUGCAUGUUUUCAUGACCAUUCCAAAAUUGCUAUAACCCUAAAUGCGGAUGCACUCAAGAACAAUUCAUGAAGGAAUGAAUUAAUUAAGAAUCUCCCGCCCGCCCCUCACAAAUUAUAUGUAAUUAUGAGAUCUCUUGUAAAUAUUUCCAAAAAAGUUGUGUGAUAAAGUGAUAAAGAUUUUGAAACACGAUCAAAAUAUAAGUAUGAAUCCGAACAAACAGUACGUUAUUUCAAAUGAAGAAUAAAUAUUAUCACUUUAAUGAGUGAAAGAAUACAGAAACGAUAACAGUCAAUAGAUAUUACGAUAUGUAACAUUGUUGAGUCUUAUAAGUUCGUUUAGGAUUGAUUAACAGGCCGGGAAUGUAUGAACUGGUCGAGAUGCUAGGCAAGUAGUAGAUCUAAAUUAGCUAUAAGGUAAUUCUAUUUUUAAAUUUAAGCGGACAAAAGCGAGUUGGCAGUACAUAGUACUUUACUAUUUGUAUCAGUUGAUCUUGAGGAGGCAGGCUAUGACAGCUCGAAAUUCAAAUUUAAAUCACUGGCAAGUAUUUUAUAACUGUGAUUUUUUUUUUAUUUGUGAACUACGUUCUAAUUGUAAUAAUGUUAGAUUACUAGAGAUCAAUAAAGUUUUAGACAUUA